AGCCAGCCCUCAAGGCAUCCAUGAGCCGCGCUAGCCUGCCCCACCACAUUGGCCAGGCCGACCUCUGCUGCCAGCCGCUGACCUUCCAAAUCCUCCCUCGCCCAAGGCCGCUGCGCAGCUAACCCCACCCACCAGCACAGCAGCACUGACUGACAGCCUUGGACUUGAACGGACCCCAACUCGACCUCUACCUCGACAUCGUCCACCCGUCCACCUUCCCUUCCCAACCUCCAACCCUCUCCCGCCCCGUAGGACCUGCUCUCCUGGUCCCUCUCUCAUCGACAUACAUCACUGUGCAUCCUCCGCAGAAGAGAAGUCCACCCCAGGUUUACUCUUGCCCACCAUGAAGGUCACUUUUAAGGACCUCAAGCAGCAGAAGUUCGUCAUCGACUGCGAACCCUCUGAUCUGAUCUCCACGGUCAAGCAAAAGAUCUCCGAGGAGAAAGGAUGGGAGCCCAAGCUGCAGAAGCUGAUCCACGCCGGCAAAAUCUUGAAGGAUGAAGACACGGUCGAGUCCUACAAGAUUGAGGAGAAAGGUUUCGUCGUCUGCGUGGUGAACAAGCCCAAAGCCGAACCCAAACCCGCCGCUUCAUCGUCGUCUUCCAACGUACCCGCGACUCCCGCCCCAGCUGCUCAGUCCUCCACCCCAGCACCACCGGCUGCCCCAGCCGCGACGAGUUCCACCCCGGCCGCCGCCGCACCUGCCACGCCUACCCCCGCGGCGCGUGGCUCGGAAGCCACCUACAACGACCCCAACGCCUUGGCUUUGGGUGGUCAGCGUGCCGAGGCCAUCGCGAACAUGGAGGCCAUGGGGUUUGAGCGCUCCCAAAUCGAUGCUGCCAUGCGCGCCGCUUUCAACAACCCAGAUCGUGCCGUCGAGUACCUCUUGAAUGGGAUCCCAGAAAACCUGCAGCAAGAGCAGCAGCCCGCGCCAGCCGCCCAGCCAGCUGCGCCCUCUGCCCCGGCUGCUGCCCCGGCCGCCGGAGGUGGUGAUGACGGUAGUGUCAAUCUUUUCGACCUAGCCGCACAACAGGGGCGAGGUGGCUCCGGCGGCGCUGGGGCUCGCGGCGCUGGGGCGGGAGCCGCUGCCGCCGUGGCAGCCGCGGCUGCCGGCGGGCAAGGACUCGGAAACCUGGACUUCCUGCGACACAACCCCCAGUUUCAACAGCUUCGCCAAGUUGUCCAACAGCAGCCCCAAAUGCUGGAGCCUAUCUUGCAACAGCUCGGAGCAAGCAACCCUCAACUGGCCCAGCUGAUCGCCCAGAACCCCGAGCAAUUCCUCAGCUUGCUUGGCGAGGACGCUGACGACGAUGCCCCACUGCCUCCGGGAGCUCAGGCCAUCGCCGUGACCGAGGAGGAGCGGGACGCUAUCGAGCGACUUUGCCGCCUCGGGUUCGACCGUGACCAGGCCAUCCAGGCUUAUUUUGCGUGCGACAAGAACGAGGAACUUGCCGCCAACUUUCUGUUUGACCAGCCUGAUGACGACGAGCCUCCUAAUGCCCAGUAAUCGGCUCUCUCUAUUUGGCAAACUCUAUUCUUCAGAAUCGCUUAUUGGAAGGAGGAUAAGGAAGCUGGGGCAAACGGGCACCGAAGGCGUUGUGAGCCUUGCGAGCGAAAAUCGGGGUAAUGGGUCCCGCGGAUUUAUAUGACGAGGAGCAGAUCCUUCGAGAAGAGAGGAUCAUUCUCACAAACGACGGGUUGGUCCCGUGGGCCUCAACGGUGCCUAUCGACGUGGCUACAUGCUUACAGUUGUCACUACAAAAAUGCAAAUCUACCGUGAUUUGCUUUUAGCCCUCAGACCUUAGCACUUUUAAGUGGGCAAGGGCCUCGCAGGUGUUGGGCGAUGGCAGACAGCAAGGAUGAGGAAAGCUGUGACCAAGGUUGUUUUUUUUCGGUAGUCGACAGAAAUAAAACACGCAAGACUCAGAUCCAGA